AAAACGAAAGGAGAAAUCGUUUCUAAAGAAAAUGGCACCACAGAAAUUAGCUAAAAAACGACCACACUCAGAUGAUUCUGAGAACGAUUCUGAUAUUGAUCUAGACGCAAAGAAAGUCAAAGAUGACGAUAAGCCGAAAGCGACCAUUACUGAAGUGGAGUUUAAGUUUUUAUUACGUGACCCCAGUACAGUUAAUGAAGCUCUUGAGAAAUUCAUCCACUCAGCAGAGGCCUUUGACGAUGGCGUGCCUUGCCACGAUAUAGUUUUAGGCUAUUGUCGAAGUUCACCUUCAUGUGCUGAAAUUUGGACACUAAUUGACCCAACAAGCACCAGUUUAAAGACAAAUGAUAUAUCUUUAGUGUUGCAGUGCUUAGAAAAGAUCCUGACGAGAAUACGAACAGAUUUGUCCAAGUUAUCCUCCACUGGUGAAGCCAUUGUACAGAAAAUUUUAGCUGCACAUAUGGGGCAGGUCUACACUUGUCUCAGAGAUCAAAAUAAAUCAAAAAUAAUUAAGUCAGCCUUACAGCUUCUCAUAGCUAUGAUCAUGUUGAGUGAGAAGUCGAAAAAGGCAGUUUUAGCUAGACUGAACUUCGGCCAUGUUAACUUCCCAUCUUUAUUCAGAAGAAGGAAUAGGAAGGACACCCAAGAUGUCCGUAGCUGUAUUGUUCUUUUAACCUUGGCAUUCCUGCUGGACAGUGACCAUAGUGUGGUCAACACCAUUGUGCAACAAAAAACUUUCCUUCAAAUGACAAUAGCAGGGUUAAAGUAUGACUCAAGAGAGAUGGUUGUGGAUACAUUGGCUACACUGAUGGACAAAGUGGUGAGAUGCCCAGGUGUGACUAAGACAGAUAAAAUCAAGCUGUUUUCUGAGGUGUGCUUGAAGCACCUGUGUGAGCUGUUCCACUGGGUUGGUCCCACAGGAUGGUUGGCCACUGGGAAGAAAAAAAAAGACAAGGAUGAUGGACAGCCAGAAGUUUCAGACGAGUCUGUUGCUCAAGAUAGGGAAAUGGUAGCUAGUGUUGCUCAGGAUUUUCUUAAUGAUUUAUGUUGUUCUUAUAAACAUGGGAUCAACUUUAAUGACAAACUGCUGGGCACAGGAACUAGGAACCAGAAUCAACUCCUGUGCCAUUUACUGGAGUGGCUGGUCAAGAGAACUGAUGACCCUCACAGCUUUCAGCUGGCUAAGAAGAUUCUUUGUGCAUGUCCAGAUCAGAUUAAAUCAGUUCUGACCACCCUGGGUCCAUCACUGACCCCCAGAUGGUCAGACAAGUGGAGAACCUUGAUGGAGUGGGUCACAAGCUUGUACAGUAGCCUACCAGAACUACCAGUAUAUCUCUCCUCACGUGAAAAAGAGCCAAGAAAUGUCAAAAUCAACAUUACCUUGGCAACAGUGUUUUGUUUACCCCCUCCUAAAAUUGCCCUCUUACUUACGCAAGGUUUAAAGCAUGAUGACUUGCGCGUGAGACAUCAAGUUUUAGAACUAUUGAAAGUUUUGGCUAAGAAGGCAGUCCUUGUUCAAAAAGAGUUCAUGAAAGCUGAUCUUACAAGGGAGAGCACUGUGGACGAAUUUACUGCCACUGUUUUAAAGACAUUACCUCCCAUUAGUCUUGUAUUUACUUCUCUGGAUAAAUUCAUGCUUUUGCUGUCAAAGGGAGAUAAGGCUAUAAAUUUAAAUGUUUCGAAGCAUGUGGUAGCCUUGCUUCAAGUCCUGAUCCUCUACCAAACUCUGUCUCCCUCACUUAUAUCAGAACGACCCAAAGACCUUGCAAAAUUAAUUGAAAUGGUCGGCAACCUGAACAAAAAAAAUGAUUCAUUAAAAACAAAAGAUAAAGACGCAGAUGAAGAAAGUGAUGAAGAUGAUGAGGAAAAUGAAGAAGUUAAAAACAUGCAGCUGCCUCAGUUGUACUUAAUAAAACUGCUUUCUGAAACAGAUACAAGAAAAAUUGCCUUGGGAAGGGAGGGUCUCCUAGAGAAGUUGUUGGUAUCUGCCAGUCAGAGCGGGAUCUACAAAGAUUUAAAUAUUGGUCUUAUUUGUAAGAUGCUGAAGAACAUUGAGGUAUUCACAGGCCACAGCAAGGAGCUGGAGAUAUGGUUAAAGGAGGCGCUGAGAGACCAGGGCUCGUCCGCGGAAACUUUUCACCAUUCCAGGAUUGUUUUUCUUGCCCGAUGCCUGGCCAGCCUGAUCAACAACCCAACCCCGUAUGUGGAUAGGAUGAUGGAGAUAGUUGCAGACUCAGGGGGUUCGGAUCUACAGGAUGAUGUGGACAUGGAAACUAUUAGUGUUGGAACUAGUGAAAGUGCUAUUGAUGCAAUACUUCUGAUGGACGAUGCAGAGAUUGACCAAAUGCUGGAGAACUACAAACCAUCCGAGUCACAGCAGCAGUCUCUAAGUCUUCCCUUAACUCCCUUGUCACUGGUGGCAUUAGACAGUCUGCAGCACUCUAAAACUGAUGAUGCUGUAGUGACCAAGUAUGCCAGUAAGGUUCUCGUAUGUCUGGUUCACUCAUUACAUUCCACCAAUUAUCUGGCCAGCUGUGUGACAAAGAGCCCAGCAAAGUUAUUUAAAGGGGUUAGAGAGUAUCUUGAGUUUUGGAGUUCUAAAAUGCCACAGAUGAAGGACCUACCAGUGCUACCACCAAAGCUAUUUGGGCCCUUGUCCAGUCAACUUACAGAAGAUUGGUCACCUGAAGCUAGCGCAGAAAAUGUUGUUAAACGUUUGAAGCCUAAAGUCAGUGCAAUGACUCUUGAUGAUAAAAUCAUGAGUCUCGGCCAGUUGACUCUUUAUAUAGGAUUCACAGCUGUUUCCAAUGAUAAGGAAACAAAAUUAAAAAGGCUUCAGGUGUACACAGAUUUAGCAGAGGUGCUACUUGAGGCUGUUUCUGCUGAAGAGAAGUGGAACUCGGACAGUGUUGUUACCAUGGAAACUGAUCAACAGACCAGUCAGGGUGAUGACCUAGCGUCAUCAGCGACUGAAGGUAAAGACACUCUUCGGACGAGCGAGGUUUUCUCUGAGAUGUUUUCUUGCAUGAGUUCACUGGAAAACAACGCCAUCAAUGCUGUCGUCAGUCUCCUGAAAAAUCCUGUUCUAAAAUCACAGAUGUUUGUUGUUAGCGUCAAGAAAAAAACUCUCAAAAAAAGAAACAGUGUGGGUCUAGAGGAUUUCAACACCUGCUCAAUUUUGUCGUUCUUUUGCAACGUCUUAAAAAUGUGCAGUAACUGGGCUUGGUUUAGAAAUAGGAAGGAUAUCAUUGACGAUUUUGUCUUCCAAGUUUUGGACCAGUUUUCUAAUACAGCGUCUCCAUUAUCAAACGAGCAGAGAAAGUUGUGUCUUGAUGUUAUUAAGACUCUCUACCCACUGUUAGAUAUAGUCAGCUUGUCAAGUUGUUUGGCCAAACUCUCAAAUCUUCCACUGUCAGCUUUUGUUAAAUCGGAAUCAUCAGAUCCUGAGCAACACAAAGAGACGCCUGUCUGCAAGCUUCUGUUUCGCCUGCUUGAGCAUUGGACACUUCUUGUAAAAGACAGCCCAGCCUUCAGUCAAACCUCCUUCUUCCACCAGCUAAAACAGAAACCAGAACCAACUUCAGAGAAAGCUGGAAACGACCCUCAAUUUGGUCUUGAAAAAAAACACAUCAAAAUCAAAACAAAGUUUUGUUUUGAAGACACUACUCAACAGAAAAUUUCCAUCCUUGCCCCCUUUUUUGAACUCCUCCCUUACUGUAAACACCCCAAACUCCUCCAGUUUGUGAUAUUUUGGUUUGAACACAUACCACAAGCAGUUAGCGUGUUUAACCCUACAGUAUUUGCCGAGAUGUUUAAAACUCCGUUGAAGAUUGAGAAAGGUUCACUUGAGGAGCAGGUGGUCACCACACUGGUCCAACACAUGAAAGAGAGUUAUCUGCUGUGUGACCAGUGGCUGAUGAAAAGGGCAGACAAAGCUGUGAAGACUACAAGAUGGGAGAUAAUCAUCUCUUACCUAGAGGCAUCUAAUACAUUUCAGUGUGGUAGCCCACAAACAGUGGAAGCACUUAAAGCUUCUCUUGCUGUUGUUUUAAAGAGCAAUAUAGAAAACUUUGAUGACAAGUUACUGAAAGUGUUGAAGCUGUUUUCACUAAAUUUAGGAGACUCAGACCAAGAUUUCCAGAAGCUUCUGACUAAUACAUUGACCACAGUCAUCAAAAAGCAUGUAAUCUCUGACCUCCGACCCCAUUUUGAUGUCAUCAGAGCAUCUGCCAGAUUGUCCACCUGGCCUUUAGGAAAGGGGAAGCAGAAUGUUUAUGACAGCCCAGCCUGUUUGAUACUUGACCUCUGCCUGACCCAUCUCAAAUAUUUAACCUCGUCUAAACUAACCCGCCACACUGAGACAGAGGAGUACCUCUUGGAUUUGUCUUUGAGUUUGAUACCAGAAUUGAAAAAAUCAACGCUGACAUUCCUAAUUCCUUAUUGGGGACAGCUAGUCAUGAAUACACUCAAGCAGAAAUACAAAGAUAAGAAGCUGUUGGAACUACUGUCCUGUCUGACCCCUCAGGUGUAUGCUUUGGAGUCUCCGCACAAAUCAGCGACAGCGCCACCUACAGCAGACAAGCCUUACGUGAGUGUGCGGACCAUGUUCCAGAUGAUCAUCAGCCACACGGGGUUUGUCAGUGUCAUGCUGUCAGACGACACUGCUAGAGAUGGGCUUGUGAAGCUGCUCCACUGCUUGUUCUGUCUGGAUCCAUCUUGUGUUGAGUCAUCCUUGAGCAAGGCACUGGUGGGGGCUUAUGGUGGCAUGCUUAGUCAGACAGAUCAAAGACUGCUGAUAAUGAUUAAGAAAUGUCAAACGUCUGAUAAAGAAUUUGAAUGUCCCACCCUAUGGGGGAAAGCUGCAGUGGACAAUCACACAGUCGCGCAAGUCUUAGGACCAAGUCUAGACAAACAAGCUUCAGUCAAGUCAGUUUUGGACCAACUUGACCCAGCUAAGAUACAGGACUCCAUUUUAAACUUCCCAGUCAGGAGAGUUCAGUCUGGCACAGAAAUCCUUGAUGCAGAUGAAUACAAGUCAAAGCCAGAAUGUUAUGACCCCAACUUUUUGUUGAAACUGUUUUGUCAGAUUCUCACCCCAGAUAAAAUAGUCCCACUGCGUAUAUUCGUAGAGAAAGGUUGCUUGAGUUAUCUUCUCAUAGCCCUCAGCAGUCACGACCUCCAAACCAGGCUUUUGGCCUACCAUGCACUGAAUGAUUUCUACCUGCACGCGGAGGGAUCCAGGUGGCAGGAGAGACAAGAGGUCACCUUUCUACUGGACUUGCUAAAUGCCAGUAGGUCAAAAGACGGGCAGAAGUUGACCUACAUCCUGGCCUUGUUUUUCUCACGUGUGGUCAAGUUGAUGCUGUACCCAGCUGACCCCUUGUACAUGCCAAUCUUCCGAUUCCUGGUGGCCAAACCUGAGAUGGACCUGACCAAUGUGCCAGAGUUUUAUCAGCUUUUUUUUAGUGGAACUGUCCAGUACAAGCAAGAAAGGAACUGGUUGCUGGUACUACUGAGGGAUGGCAUGAGGGAGAACUCUGACUACUGGCUGUACCAGAAGAAACUCAUCUUCAAAAUAUUGAUGUGUUACCACGACUCAAUGCUCAGUGACAGACAUUCACAGGAACUAAUUCUUGGAGUGAUCAGAAACGCUUGCAGGGAGAAGUCUGUAGCUGUGGAUUUGAUAAAGAAACAUGGCCUGCUCUCAUGGUUAACUGCAGCGGUUACUGACUUAAAGAGCCGUCCUCACAACACAGACCAUCUCUGUGAUAUUGUCCACACGCUCUGGUUCAGUCUGUCUACAGUCAAGUACUUAAAAGACCCAGCCACCCCCUCACAAACUGGUGUAGCCAGCAGCAAGCUGGAGGGGGCGUUAGGUCACCAGACAGGUGACACUGUGAAUGAGGGGGAUGAAGAGUCAGACAUGGAAACCGAGGAAACAGGAAAAGAUAACUCUAAGGAAGAGGGCAAGUCCACCAAAACAAGCAGCAGAGUUACAGUUCCUAGAGUCCCUAAGUCAACAAUGAUACAGAUGGGGUUGAUUGUAAAGAACUUGAUCUGGCAUUUAAGCAAUGCUUCAGUAGAGAGUGUCAGCCAAGUGGUUACAGUGCUUCAUUCCAUGGUGUGUCCAGACCCAUGUCCACUCUCUUCACCCCCACACCUGGUGAAUGACACUGAGCCCCCCACGGGUCAAAGCUCAAACAGACUGUCCCCCAUGAUGUCUACUGGUCUGUUGGUGCUCCACCCAGUGGAGUCGUGUCUCCUGCUCCACCACUCCGCCAAACUCCUAAACCUGGCAGCCGUGUUGAAAACUGUUGACCUUGUUCUCAAAUUCAGGGGCAUCAACACAGACGAGCUGGUCAUAAGCUCAACAAAAAAACUGUCUUCACCAAGAAAGAGCUCACACAAGGGGGAUAACUCUAAAGAACAGAAUUUGAAUGAAACAGCUGAGUUGGAGGAAGAGGAGGAUGUGGGGAAAGUUGUUGAUGUAGAUCUGGCGAGACAGGAGGAUCUGAGUGGGAACAAGAUGAGUACUGUAGAGAAGCAGAAGUUGUUGGGCAUGGUGCACUGUGUUGUGACUAACACUGGGACCUUGUGUUUUGUCUAGCUGGUGAUGUGGCUUAGUGUAUACCUGAUGUUGUGUGUACCUGUUGAUGUGUGUGCCUGUUGAUGUAGCCUAGUGUGUACCUGCUGAUGUGGUCUAGUGUAUACCUGAUGAUGUGUUUACCUGUUGAUGUAUUUACCUGUAGAUUUUUGUGCCUGUUGAUGUGGCCUAGUAUUUACAUGUAGAUUUUUGUACCUGAUUAUGUAUGUA